AUGUCUUCGAGCUCUACUAUGACCGUUCGCGCUGCUUCUGGAGAGCCGCCUGCUAAGCGUCAAAAGAUUUUCGCCUCUGGAUCCGAGAUCGUUUGGCUUGGCGCACUGGACAGAAACGGCGGCAGUGAGAUCGUUGCUGUCGUGCACAAGGUCAAACUUCGUGAAGUCUACUCUGGUUCUUUGAAUUCUGUGAAGGCACGUCAGAGCAGCGAUCUUCCUGGAAACAUGGAAAUUGAGAGAAUCGACUUGAAGUACCAUGCCGAUAUCGUCAGAUUAUUUGCCCACUGGGUUCAAGAACGUGACAUCAAAUCGGCACUGGAUAGCUGUCAGCACGAGAGAAGGUUCGAGAUUCCAUUUCUGUGUGAAAUGCUCGAAUUUUGCAGCAAGGAGUCCUUGAGCAACGAGUUUCACGACUGCUCGAUUGACAACUUUAUCUACCUCAUGCGAGACGCUGUAAACAACGGGUGUUCGGAAGAAGAAGCAAUUAACAAAGUUUAUAGUGGAGUCGAGAGCAUCGAAAGCGGAGGAGAAAGCAGAUUGACUAACACGGCGAUCGCAGAGUUGCUGGCUACUUUGCAUCUCCAUCACAUCAGGUCUGACCUCUCUGAUAACCUCCGAGAGAACACGGAGGACGAUCUGAGAUUGAAUCUGUUUCACAACAUCAGAGUCUAUGCUGUGGACCAUCUGCUCAAUGCUGCUGCUGCUGGAACCUUUGAGAACUUGCCCAAGGAUCCGCUACAAGAUUCCUUUGAUCAGCACUGUCCUUACCACAAGCACAAAAAAGCCGAGACGUGUUACAGAGACAAGUGA